AUGUGGGCAGAUCAAUUCGAGCAAUCGCUCUGCCAAGCAAGCCUGCGUCGAACCUCGCUUCUGGUACCGGUAGUGUCACCACCGAGUGCGUCGAACGUUCGUAUAUCUAUCCAAAUACGCCAAAAGACCCUCAAACUGACAGACUACAUCUUUACCGAGUACUGGCGAUUCCUGCGCGCGAGAAGCCACGAAAUAGCUCGAUUUUCUCUGUCCACCCCUUCCCCACCCUCUGCCCCCGUCUUUCAAGAAACCGUCACGAUGGUCACCUCCGACUACACGCUGAGAAACAGAAAGAUAGGACCACAGGGAGGGGAAAACCCUGCUCAAGAGCACAAAAACAACACAGUAUGGAGCGAAGAGGAAAUAACUCAACUUUCGAAGUUAGCAGGGCAAAUUCGAAAUCGGCCGGAUGACCAAAGCAAGGCAAAAGGCCAUCCCAGGUCGAUAAAAAGACGGAGAAGGUCCAGCAACGAUGCCAUUGUGACUGACGAUACCGAUGAGGAGGAUAAGAAUCAUGCCGGAGGAAACCGCCAUAAUGGUGGGCAGGGACAACGACCAACAGACUCUAUGCGCUCACACGAUAGCAACUUUUUCAAGCCACGGCAGACGCAUGAUAUCGCAGAAGAUGUGCCCGCCCCGGGUGUUGUCUCUAGGAUCAUAGCAGCCGCCCAUGUAUCAAGUGAACAUUCAUCCAGAACUGCAACAUCGCAUUGUGACGCGCCCCGACCACUCUUCGCACAAUCAGAAGUGGAACAACCCAUCGGCAACACACCUCCUAGGGAUAACCGAGACGCAGAGCUCCAGCUCCAAAUCGCAAAGACAGCCAAUCUAGAGUCGGAUUUAGCCGCGGUGAAACACGAAUUGGAGACAUUAAAGGACGACCUCGCUCGUGAAGCCAGAGCACGAACAAACGCUGAGGAGAGUUUUAGGAAGGAGCUGGAGUCGUCGUCCAAUGCUAGAAGGACCGUGGAGAUCAAUACUAGUGACGAAUCAAGGGUGUUAAAUCAAAGGCUUGAGGAGGUAGCAAAACAACUUCAGGCGGAGGUGGACGAGCGCAGGGAAGCAGAAAGGAUUCUCGCUGGAAAGGUCAAGCGAUACACCGAGCAAGCCGAAUCCGCGAAUCAAGCCACCGAGGAAUUCCUCAAAAGGCUUGACAAACUUGAGCAGCAGUUCAUCAAGGAAACCGAGUCCGCGACCCAAGCACACAAGAAAGACAGAGAGGAAUUCCUCAAAAGGCUUGACAAACUUGAGCAGCAGUUCAUCAAGGAAACCGAGUCCGCGACCCAAGCACACAAGAAAGAUAUAGAGGAGCUUUCCGAAGAGCUGAACAAACUCGAGCAGCAAUUUAUCAAGGAAUCCGAAUCCGCGGACCAAGCCCGCAAAAAAGACAGAGGGGAGCUUUCCGAAGAGCUGAACAAACUCGAGCAGCAAUUUAUCAAGGAAUCCGAAUCCGCGAACCAAGCCCGCAAAGAAGACAGAGGGGAACUUUCCGAAGAGCUGAACAAACUCGAGCAGCAAUUUAUUAAGGAACUCGAAUCCGCGAACCAAGCCCGCAACAAACACAGAGAGGAAAUUUUCGAAGAGCUGAACAAACUCAAGAAACAAUUCACUGAAAGGCUAGAAACAGAGGCCAAGGCACGGAACGCUGGCCUCAGGACCAUUGCCGAAAGGUGCGACCAAAUCGACAAGCAACAGGAAUUGGUGCGGGAAGAAUGUCUUGGAGCAGCAAACGGACAGAAGCAGCAAUUGGGCGGGGAAAUCGACGCUCUAAAGACACGGUUUGAUGAAUUUCAAAACCAGCCUCAUGACAACGAGCGCUGCGAAACUCUCCGCGAAGACCUCCACAACCGCAUGACUCGCUUGGAGCUGGAGGACUCGAAUAUGCGUGUGGACAUUGAUCAGAUAAAGGAGAAAGCGCAGAAGGCUGAAGAGGAUGCACAGAAAUCUUCGCUUGUGAAAAAAGAUUUCUUUUCUGUGGUGCAGGUACUGCACGGUGAUGGUUCUGGUGAACAUACAGAUCCACAAAGCGUGUGA